AUGGAUUUUGGUCACUGCCUGGGCUACUACAACUUUAAUAAGUUCCAGAAUAACAACAACUACAUGAACAUGACAGAAGCCAACGGUGCACUGCUCAAUGCUGACACGUUCCAUACGCCCAGUUUGGGAGAUGAAGAGUUUGAGAUCCCGCCCAUUACCCCUCCUCCAGAGAUAGAGUCCGGAAUGGGGCUGUCUGAGGUCAUGUCUUCGUACCAGGGCAUGUCCCACCACCCACACUAUCACAGGGGCCACAUGCUGCCGCAGUUCCCCCCGCAGAGUCUGGAGCUGCCCUCCAUCACCAUCUCACGCAACGCCAUGGACCAGGAAGGAGGACCGGGCAAUAACGGCCAAUCUAUGAAUGUUGGACCAGGCCAUAUGCGGCAAUACCCACCUAACCCAGCCAUGGUGAUGAAGUCACUAAUCAACAUGCACAGUACCAACGGUAUGUUGCAAAGGAAUCAGCUUUCCACGAUCAACCAGUCGCAAAUUAAUGGACAGCUGGGUCUAAAUAUGGGAGGACACAAUAUUGCCCACACAUCCCCCUCACCGCCCACCAGCAAGUCCAACACGCCCUCUCCUUCCAGCUCCAUCAAUGAAGAUGAUCAAGAUGAUACCACAAGGAUGAUUGGCGAGAAGCGACCAGCCCCAAUAGACCCCUCCAAAAAGCCUAAGACUCCUAAAAAGAAGAAAAAGAAGGAUCCUAAUGAACCUCAGAAGCCAGUGUCAGCAUAUGCUCUUUUCUUCAGAGACACUCAGGCAGCCAUCAAAGGCCAGAACCCUAAUGCAACUUUUGGUGAGGUGUCCAAGAUUGUUGCUUCCAUGUGGGAUGGUCUGGGAGAGGAGCAGAAGCAGGUUUACAAAAGCAAAACUGAAGCAGCUAAGAAAGAAUAUUUGAAGGCCCUUGCUGCAUAUCGAGCCAGCCUUGUUUCCAAGGCUGCAGCCGAAUCCGCAGAGGCGCAGACGAUCCGCACGGUGCAGCAGACCCUGGCCUCUACCAGCCUCUCCCCGGGAAUGGUUCUUCCUUCUCCACUGAACCAACACCCCUCCCUGCCCUCCGCCGCACAUGCGCUUCAGCAGGCCAUUCCUCGUGCCAUCGCGCCCAAACCUCUGCAGAUGAGACUAGGAGGCAAUCAGAUCGUCACCUCAGUCACAGUAUCCCACCCGAACAUGAGUCCUGGGAUGUCGCCUCAGAUGAUGGGUCAUAUGGGAGGCCAGUCAUCAGCUGUGUCCCAAAUGAGCCCCCCCAUGCAGAUGCAUCAGCAGCAGAUGCACCAGCAGCAGAUCCAGCAGCAGAUGCAGCAGCAGCACUUCCAGCACCACCUCCAACAGCAGCUACAGCAGCAGCAGCAGCAGCAGCACAUGCACCACCAGCAGAGCCUGCACCACCAAAACCAUUACCACCAUCAGCAGCAACUGCAACACAUGCAGCAUCAGGCUCAGUGUAGCCCCCACUCUCCUCCACACCACUCCCCUGGUACCCCGCACUCCGCCCCCAUGGGCAGUCCCCAACCUGCACAGCAACAACAAGCGCACCCCUCCCAAAUCCAAGCCCAUGCCCAGGUCCUGUCCCAGGUCAGCAUUUACUGA